AUGAACGAAAAAGGUAGAAUUUUGAGGCGCGGCGGCUUGUUCUUCGGGACCGCCACUAUUUGCAUCGGCACACUGGUAGCUGCACUGGUUUUAGCUGUUCUAGGCCAAAGAGAUGCUGCUUCUCAUAAGAAUGGACCCAAAACUUACUCGACAGUAGCAACUGGCCGUUGGGCUCAGUCAGAGUUCCCAAGAAUCCACUCGACCUGCAACAGCACCAAAGCGGAUUUCCUCACAAAAGCUUUCGCUGACACAAUGGAUGCCACUAGUUACGCAAUGAGUGUGCUUUCUUCCAACGACAGCUUUGUAGAUUCUGAAAUCUACAAACGUUGGUUCGGGGAUGGAAAGCUUUAUGAGGUCUUGGGUGUUAUAGAAGGAGUCGCCAAUGUGUCAAAAACGUCUUUGCUUCUUCGUUGCGACGAUGCCGAUGGGCUUUGCAAAAAGAAUGAAAACUAUUAUGCCGGACAUCAUCGUGAGAACCAUCCCUACGAGACAGUGAUUUGUGACUAUUUUUAUCAGGCUCGUGUGCCGCUAAGCGAUAUGUGCACCAAAGGUAACCUUACGCAGUAUGGACCGCAAAAGUAUUACGGUAUCGAUAUGCUGCACCGUUAUUUCCACGUUCCAUCGAUUAGCCAAAACGAGUUCAUUUCGGAGUUCACCGAGGAUCUUGAUGAGACUUUGGCAUUGGCAAGGUCUAACUCCACAUACGCCGUUAGAAACGUUGACAGCUACCUCUAUUUUUUGGCUGACUUGUGGGGCAACAAGGUAAAAAGCGGUGGAUGCUUCGACAACUGA